AUGUGUUGCGUCAGGUGCAACGGAUGGUAUCGGAUGACGACGCUCGCAACCUUCUUUCCCCCGUAAUCUUCAACUCAUCUCUUUCCUCGACUCCGACUCGACUCAACUCGAGUCGCCACGGAUAUUCGACAAGCACCAACCAACUGCACUCAAGAACCGAUACCCAACCCACGAAACCACCACCCCAGUAGCCUCGAAAACGAUGUGCUCGUCAGACUGUUUCUUGAUCGUUCUCGCCAUCCUGUUCCCGCCUCUUCCCGUCUGGGUGAAGCGAGGAAUCUGCUCCUGCGAUUCGCUCAUCAACAUUGCACUGUGCAUGUUGGGCUUUGUCCCCGGACUUCUGCAUGCAUGGUACAUCGUCGCGAAAUACCCCGACGCCUUUGACGAGUACGACUACCAACAAAUCGACCAAGAGUCCGGGCAGCCACGCGGAGUGAUCGUGUACUCGGCGACGCCGUCACGCGGUUGCGGUCGGCAGCAACCGCCGCCCCGUCACCCGCGCCUGGUGUAUACACCGGCGUCUCCGCCGCACCAGCAGUGUUACGGCAGCUUCAACGUCGCGCCCGCUUCGGAACCACACCAAGCGGCGGCCGGCAGCAGCAGCAGAACGGGUCCCCAGACGCAGGGGGAGGAGCCUCCGAGCUAUGCUAGUGUUGUUAAGGGCGACAAUAAAGUUCAGCAUGAUUAGCGGCUUGUGAGUUUCCGGCGCUGGCCGGCGUGGAGGUGGAAGUACGGAACUUGAUGCUAUGCAUACAGACAUGUGUGUAGCUAUAUACUCUACACGCGUCCCCGCGACAACUCGUACUGCAUGCCGUGCAGCUUCAUUUUGAUAUUGUAACAGUACCUGGCGGAGUUUUGGGAGGUUUUGAUUUUUCUUGCGUUGAUGGGCGCGUACGAUGCGAUGAGAUGGAGUCGAAUGGCGAUGUGUCGAUUGAAAUGUGCUUUGCUUCUUUGCCUUUGUCUGGUGGUUUCGUUUUUCUACCGUUUUUAUGCCCUACCGACUGUUGCGGUUUUCGUCGUGCUCAUCUCAUCUUAUUUCUAUGGCUAUAGGAUUAAUGGCAUGGACCAAAUAUUUGAUAUCUACACCAGUUCCCCUAGAUAGUAACUAGUGCUCGCGACUGUCGCCCCACUUUUAUCUAGGAACCCUUUCUCCGCCG